UUGACAACUGUGAACUGUCAUUGAUUAUCUACAUAAAAAAAAUGCUAUAAGCCUUAGCCUUAGCUUGAGCUUAGGUAAUUAUUAAUUAAUUACAAACCAUGGCCGCAGGUCCGAUAGCGGAGCGUAAUCAAGAUGCAACCAUUUAUGUGGGAGGUUUGGAUGAUAGAGUAUCAGAGAGCUUACUCUGGGAGCUUUUUGUGCAAUCCGGACCAGUUGUCAAUGUGCAUAUGCCAAAAGAUAGAGUGACACAAACACAUCAAGGCUAUGGAUUUGUUGAGUUUAUGGGUGAGGAAGAUGCUGACUAUGCUAUCAAAGUCAUGAAUAUGAUAAAGCUGUAUGGUAAGCCAGUAAGAGUUAAUAAAGCAUCUGCACAUCAAAAGAAUCUUGACGUUGGUGCUAAUGUCUUUAUUGGUAAUUUGGACCCUGAGGUCGAUGAAAAACUGCUAUAUGACACAUUCUCUGCCUUUGGUGUCAUAUUACAAACACCUAAGGUGAUGAGAGACCCAGAAACAGGCAACUCGAAAGCGUUUGCUUUUAUAAACUUCGCGUCAUUUGAGGCGUCUGAUGCUGCGAUAGAGGCGAUGAACAACCAGUACUUGUGCAACCGGCCUAUAUCUGUGUCAUACGCUUUCAAGAAAGAUGUCAAGGGAGAGAGACACGGUUCCGCUGCUGAGAGGUUACUUGCAGCUCAGAACCCUUUGUCCCACGCGGACCGUCCUCACCAGUUGUUCGCGGACGCUCCACCAACGAUCAUGGGGCCGAUGCUGAUGGCACCACCGCCGCCGCCUACACCAUCGCCUAUGCCACCGCCAGGACCGCCAAUCAACGCCAGGCCGCCACCCCCACUGCCAAUGUCCGCGCCGCCACCACCACCGUCUUCAAUGCCACCACCGGGCCCGCCACCACCGCCGGGUCCCCCGCCUCCCCCGCCACCAUUCCACCACUACCCACCUCCACCUUUCGGGCCGCCUGGCUUUGGGCCGCCGCCACCGCCGGGGUCGAGGCCCCCUCCACCGUGGAGGCCGCCGCCACCUUCCUUCAGGCCUCAAUUCCCUCCACGUGGGCCCCCGCCGUUUGGACAUCCUCCAUUCCCCCCGCAUCACCCGCCUGAACCAAAUUAUAACUACUAAUUAAGUAAUAUCGAUUGAUUAAGAAUUGAAGACUGUGGAGAAAUAUAAGAAAAUUUUGAAAUUUCAUAUAAUU